AUGAUUCCCGCAGUCAACUCCUCUCGCCUUCCAACGCGUUGUAAGUCGAGUUCUGCGAACAGUUGUACAGCAUCCCACAAACAGGCGGUAACAAAUAAUUUAAAAGCAUUAAAAGUACAAGCAAAUUUGAGUAGAGAAAGAGACCAAAUUAAAGAUAAAGAACCUACAAGUAAUGUCUCAAUUAGUAAUAUAUUUUCUGAAAAAGGUCGAACGAGGAUAUUACCAGCCGAUGCUCAUAAAGGAUCUUUAACCAGUUCCACGCAGCGUGGAAAUUAUUUAAAAAAAGAGGCCAUUAACGUAGAAGAAGUACUGUUAAAAGAAAAUAAAAUCUUAAAAGAAACGAGUGAUAAGUUUUUAGAACAUAUGAAGGUUUGUAAACUGGAACUUAUAAAAAAGUUGCAAAAAGAGAAUGAUGAACUAAAAAGUUACGCGUCGGUGGUAUCAAAAAAGUUGCAAAAGUUGGAAGAUUCAAUUGAAGAAAUCGUGAACCGGCAUUACAAGCUUUGCAACGAAAACGAAAAACUACGUGAAGAGCUUGACGAGGCUAAAAGUACAGCGCAAUAUAAAGUGAACUCUGCUCUCCUUGAACAGGACAAAGAAAACAAAGCUCGGAUCGAAGAACUGCUCAAACUAGCGAGUGAACUCAACGAGGACAAAUGCACAAUUUCUAAAUUAAAUGUAAUUUAA